AUGAGAAAUAAUUUUUGUGGAGUAGAAGCGAGUGCGAGCCUCAUUCAUCACAAUCCGUGGGUGGUUUUCUUGGAGUACUGGAGGGGCGAUUACCGCACAGAUAUUCGAUGUACAGCUACUUUAAUUGACAGAUUUCACGUAAUCACCGCUGCCCAUUGUAUUAAGAAGCCUAAGUUUACAAGGUUAGUGGCCCGUUUGGGGGAAUACGAUUUGGCACAAUCAGUCGAUUGUGUUAACGGCAUCUGUUCUUCAAAUGUCAUUCAGCUCCAGGUCAUUGAACAAAUCGUUCAUCCGGAUUACGAUGGCAGAGCUAAUGACAUAGCUGUUUUGAGGCUUGAAGCCGAAGCGCCUUAUACGGAUUUCAUCCGUCCAGUUUGCCUGCCAUCAGGAGAAUUACAACCCAAAAUCACUUUCGCAGCAUCAGGUUGGGGAGAAAUUCCACGCCUAGGAUACUACAGUUCCAUCAAAAAAAUCAUCCCACUGCCACUCUGGGAGCGAGAUGCUUGUAUAGUGGCCUACAAGAACUUUAAAGUGCCUCCUCAUGUAAUUUGCGCUGGUGGAAUUGAGGGUGUAGAUACCUGCAGGGGGGAUUCUGGAGGGCCUCUUUUAUGGGUUCGAGAGAGGGUCGUCGAGUUAUGGGGUGUGACAAGUCUUGGAAAUGUGAAAUGUGGAACCAAGGAUUCUCCUGGAAUAUAUACGAAUGUGGCUGAUUAUUUAGAAUGGAUUAUUGCUGUUAUAGAAACACUUAAUGAAAAAAAUGUAAAUGAAAAUCAUUUGUGA